AAUUAUUCAUAGUCUGUCUCGAAUGUGCUGUCUGUCUGACAACAGUUUCCUUUGAAAGCGUGAUUAACUUGUUGAGCUUGGUGAUAAAAGAGUGCAGACACCAGAGACUAUCAAGAAGAACCAUGCCUUGUCAUUUUGCCGGAUCUGCAAUUGCACAGGGACCCGAUGUUGGUCGAAUUGACCGAUGGCUAGAGUGGAACCCAACUUCCGAGAAGUGCAAGUGGUUGCUUCUCUCAGGUGCUUCAAAUCCUCCAAGCGGCAUUGACAUUUCCGACAGAAGGACCAGAGACAUUCCUGGAGUCAAAGGUGGGACAUUUCUUUCUGGUGUUACUCAUGAUUUAGCCAACAUGGAACGUGCAGUUGGAACUAAUUUGUUCAACACUGUAAGAGAUCUUUAUUUCACCAAGUCCGCAGCUCUUGGUCAUAUCCAGAAACUUUUUGACAUUUGCAAACGUGACGUUCAACCUAUCUUAUACUACACUGGGCAUGGAGAACUUGGGACUGGAAACUGGUGCUUUGAUGAUGGGACAAUCAGCAUUCAAGAAAUUCUUGAUAUGCGUCCUGAAGGAGCUUACUACCCAAUGAUAUUCAGCGAUUCUUGCUACAGUGGCCAUUGGGCGAAUUUCUGCCUGAAAAAGAACAUCACAGGCUUCCACUGUCUGGCAGCAUGUCCGGAGUAUUUUAAAGCUAUUGAUACCAAAGAUGAAGGCGGAGACUUGACGUUGUUCAUGACAGGAAAAAAAGCACGUCCUGGCACUGAACCUAUGUACAGUGGAGGGAACAGGAAUGACUUCCCAAUUACUACGGGAUAUGACUCAGUUAAGUACAAAGAUUUGAUUGCCAGCCAUAUUCGAAAUUCUGAUAAUAUUGUGAUCUGCCAAAGUUUUCAUAAUAGCUACUUAAGUGGGUGCUUUGCACCUUCAGAAAGUUACAGGCCCAGGCCCAGGGUUUCCUGGAUGAUUCGUUAUGACUCUGACUCCUUCCUUGAGAAGGUUAAUGAAAAUCAAGGAAAGUCGACACAGAUUUAUUCUCUUACAAUUGACGAGAAAGCAUUCGGUGCAUUUUUCAUGGCAGAUUAUGGCACACAUCAAACGAUUGUAACGAACUUAUCCGAUAUAGAGAAGAAACGGGAAGAUGGCUUUGAUGUCACUGCAUGCGCUGCCAGGGAUUCAACAUUUUACAUUAUUAUGACAAAGGGCACAAGAGAAUACAAGAAAAAACCACAGAGGUGUUUCACUCAUAGCUCAUGGAAAAAGGCCGACAAAGAAAUACAGAACGAGUAUAAAUGGGGAAAAUCUAUAACAGGAAUAUGUUACUCCACUGGACUGGGGCAGUAUUUUGUGGUGAUGACAGAGACAUCACAGGAACAGCGGUUCCAUUGGUUUGACGUGUCUGAUACAGCUACCAGAGACGACUGGAUGGAUGCGCAACAUAAAGAGGGAUUUCAUCCUACCAUUAUCUUCAAGGAUGUCACUGAUGACCAAACCUUAGUUGUGAUGACUAAGGAUGAAAAUAGAUCGGGUUAUUCGUGUAGAUUUAAUCAGAGGAUGGCUGACCCCCCUUCUUAGGAACAACAAAACAUGCUCUUGAGACGUUUUUCCAAAAAUCCUGGAAUGUAUUUUCAAAUUAGCUGGAAACUAACUGAGUUUGAUACAAUUGUCAACAGAAGAUACAGACAGCCACUAAACAGCUCCGUCUACGAGAGCAAAUCAUCAGUACAAACUUUAUGUCAAACCCGCAAGACUUAAUUGUUAUAGACAUUCAUUAUUCAUCAGGAUUGUUAAAUUAUGGAAUGAAUUACUAAUAGAUGUACCAGAAGCUGAUACCUUCAGCAGUUGAAAUCUAAGCUCACAUUGCACUUAAAUAUUUAAGUGUAAUUAAGGAUCUUAAUUUUAAUUUUAAUUUUGAUUUUAUUGUACCAUUUUAAGAAAGUUUUCAUAUAAGGAUAACCUUUUUUUCUAAAGGCAACUUUCUUUUUUCCCCUA